AUGAUACGAUUUUGCGGCUGCUACGCUCAAAAAAACGCUCUUUUAGCUCUUUUCUUUUUAGUUAUCACCAUCACUCUUUCCGGGCCGUACAUAGGACAUGGUUUUCAGGUUUUAAGGACCAAGGAGUCAUUACCCACGCAAGCCGAAUUGUCUUCAACAUUUCGUAACACGGGAUUCAAGCGUGACGAUGAUGAAUACGUUUGUUCUGCAGACAAGCCAUGUGCAAAUGGUGCAUGCUGUGGUUCCUACGAGGGAACAACAGUAGGAGCUCUACCUAUUGCGGAGAUGAUUGUACAUCUAAUUGCAAUGCCACAGCACCAUGCGGAAAAGAUGCACUUUUUGGAAACACUCUUUGUCCUUUUGAAUGUUUGUUAUCCUGUUCCUCCUUCUAGUGGAAACAAGAAGGGGGUUCUAAACAGAGUGAUUGGAUACUAUGAAGGAUGGUCAAACUCACGCAGUUGCUAUGCCUUCCCUCCUAGUGCUAUUCCGACUUCGGGUCUCACGCAUGUGAACUUUACCUUCGCCUACAUUGAUCCCGACACAUUUCAAAUUACUACCAUGGAGUCUGAUAUGCCAACUUCUCUCCCAUUAUUUUCCAAUAUUGCAUCGAGCGCACCGAACCGAAAGAAGUUUGCCAGUAAUCUUGUUAACUUUUUGAAAGAAUAUGGCUUGACGGAGUCGACUUCGAUUGGGAAUACCCCGGUGCUCCCGACAGAGGCGGCAAAAGUAGAGGAUACGGAAAAUUAUGUUCUUCUAUUGGAAGCUGUGCGUGAAGCUUUUGAUAAUUCUGAUGGCUCAUACGGAAUCAGCUUCACGGCACAAGCUCAUACUGGUAUCUACAAUGCAUAUGACUUGCAUGGAACUUGGGAUUCGACCGAUCCUAUCGGAAGUAUAGUACAAGCCCACACAAACCUCACCGAAAUCAAAGAAUCAGUCGAGCUUCUUUGGCGAGUUAGUAUUCCUCCAGAGAAGGUUGUCCUAGGUCUCGGUUUCUAUGGACGUUCAUUCCAACUGUCGGACACGUCUUGUGGAUCUCCAGGAUGUGCAUUCUCCGGUGCUGCUGAAGCAGGAACAUGCACUAAGAGUGCAGGAACGCUUGCAUACUUUGAGAUCAUGGAUAUUAUAGAUAAACAGACCCCCGAGGUUACUUGGGAUAAGACCGAUGCUGUAAAGUAUUUCCAGUAUGGUGCCACAAAGAACCAGUGGGUCAGCUAUGAUGACAGCGAUACAUUUGCGCAGAAGGUAGAAUGGGCCAAUAGCGUUGGACUGGGUGGAGUGAUGAUCUGGUCUGUUGAUCAAGAUGAUGCUGAUUUUGAUGCCCUUAAAGGUCUAAUCGGCGAAGAUAUCCUUAAAUUAUCUAAGCUCGAGACUGCAUCUACUUCGGUUGCCGGCAGUUGGGCCAGCCAGAAUGGCCAAGAUUUACUUGUCAAUGGAGGGGUGGUGAGACAGGUCGUGCAUGUCAUGGUCAAUGCCACACAAACGAAGUCACCCUCUUUCACUCCAAACAUGCUACUGUUAAUUGUUUAUCACCUGGUCAGCAAUCUUUCUGUUGCAAAUCCAACACUUGGAGCGAGUUGGUUGGCUCUUGUGACUGGGUCUGCGGACGACACCUGUGCUGAGGGAAAAAACAUGGGUCGCAUGAGAAACACAUAUGAUUAUGGGCACGAUAUUGAUUACAGUGGAUAUCGCACUAUCCAACAAGCUUAUUGCUGUGAUUCUGGCUUUGACGAUUGCCAUUGGAUUGGCAAAGGGAAUUGCGAUGACAACGAAUGUGCCGACUAUGAGAUAGAACUAUGCACUGAUGAUUAUGGAAACUCGACGUCGUUAUGUGCCAGUGGCUGGAAUGGUCGAAGCAAAGUUCUGUGCUGUACACCGCCGAAUAGUCUCAACCCGUUCCUACCGGUUCCACUCGCAAAUAUUUUUCCCACUUUACCACCCACUACAGAUAUUCCGGACUUUGAAAUCAAGCCCAUUCAAAAUUCCCCUACAUCCUCGGGUUCGGAUACAGUCUCCGGGGCAUUUGGAAUGGUUGUGAUUGAUGGGCCCGCUGAUGUAGUAACCAGUCUCUCUAAGAGAGACGAUUCGCAUAUCGAGUUUCUAGAUUGUGAGCCCACCGAGAAACGAGAUCCCAAGUCAAUUUAUACAGUACGUUAUGUUUGUAUGAAUGAUUCUACCGAAUCUAAUUCCGACGCGGUCCAUCAAGGCGGGGCAGAGGGUACCAUUGUCAAGCUUCCUGAGGGUUGUGGUUUUGGAACAUAUGGUGUCGUUAGAGCUAUCAGAUUAUCGAAUAACCUGACAGUUGAGCACGAACUUCGCCAGAGAACUCCGUCGCCCAAUCCUCCCGUGUACGAAAUGGAUAUUACCUAUGAUUACACACUUGUCAAACGGGAUUCCGGAACAGUUUAUGUUCGAAUCGACUAUGGUGAUACCGUAGGAUAUUGGAAUGAUAUUGUUUUGGCAGAUGCAAUCACAAAGAGAGGUAUGAACGAAUCCGUAAACAAGCGAUUCUGGAGUGCCGACGCGGCAGAUUGGAAGACUGAGUUCGAUGCGAUUCGUAAUCUCGGUCUGCCCAAUGCGUAUACGCUGAAUCUGGAAGAAGACGAUAUUUAUCAGCUGUUAUACUCUGGAGAUGUGACGGGUAGCUGUGUUGCGAGUAAACUCAGAUGGGGAGUGACCAUGGUAGGGACAAUUUCCCCUGAGAUCAGCUUCGAAGAAACUUAUGGAUUUUUCGACGUUGACAUGGAUAUGGCAGGCACCAUCAUACUUGAUGGAAAGGCAUCAAUCAACGUUGGCGGUAGCACAAAGCCAGCAUCAGUUUUCGAUACUGAUAUCUCCAAUUUCGCAUUCAGUGAACCAGGAAUUGUUUCCUUUACUCCUAAAAUGAACAUUUUAGCAAGUAUGACAGGGCAGGGAACCAUUAAUUCGGAUUUUAGACUCAGUUUCAGGGCUGGGACCGAUGGAUAUGCUCGAACAAAUGCACCUUUAUCCUUGGGCGACCUUUCUGGUGAUAUUGAGAAUGUUGUGGGGCCCGAAUGUUGGACCGAAUUUGCCGGUGGCUCGCCAGUAUUCGCAGGCCAGACAUUGAACGAGAGAGACUCUAGCUCCAGCGUUACGCUUCUCGGACUGCUCCUCGCAAUGCGGACAUGGCUAGAAAUAGAUGUGUACAAUAUGGGCACUAGUGCCAAAGGGGCUACUGCGGAAUUUUUAGUAGAUGUGCCACACUAUGUCCGCAUUGUCAGUGACAGCGAUAAUACUAUCAGUGUUAUUGGUGGUGAUCAACAGGUUGGAGUUGAGGUUUACUCAUCUGGGAUCUCGUCAAAGUGGGAGCAAGAUGAUACCAGUCACCUAGUGGGAUCCGUUGGUUCGCCAUACGUUUUCACCAAUGGUACUUCGAACGAUGCACCGUUACGUACUGCCCCUAAUUGGGGAUCGGGUGCUGUGAUUACUGGCGAUUUUGUCGGAUGUUCUGGUAACAGUUCAACUAAAAUAGUCUGUUAUCAAACCAGUAACAUGUCCGAUUUUGACCCGGACUGGCUCAUCGACCCAGAAACAGGAGAUGUUAUUGCAGACGAGAAAAGACGGAGGGGAUAUACCAAUGAUUCACUCGUACCAGCUCAGGAAGAACAUUUUCUUCUGCCCCGGCCUUAUGGGGCUCCAAGGAAAUUUACUGUUAAAACACCCACUUCUACCUUUGUAAUUGAGUCUCACAGAUAUCCCAACCAGCGAGGAGGAGCAUUUCUUCUGAGUGUCAAUCCAGAGGCAGGUUACUAUUGGUUGGAAAAUCCUGAAGACUGCGAAGACCCAUCAUUCACCAAUGCCGGUGAUCCGAACGGAGCCAAGUGGGUGACUGAGCAUGUUGUGGAGUUAAGUACGUUCAAAAUGCUACUGGAAUGGAUGAUGGGUGGUGAAUUCAAAGUUUUUGAUGAAAAUCCUAUGACAACUGAUUUUCCACCCGUUGAAGAAGCAUUGCUCGGUCCUGAAGGGCCAUUUCAACAAGCCUGGGACUCAUGGUCAUCUACGAUUUCCGAAACCACGCCUAUGGACGAUAUUUGGAGGGCUUUUGGCGAUGACACUAACCCCAGUGUACUUGUCAAUGCCGAAAGUGUCUUUAAUGGUAUCAAGCUACAGGUCUGGCAGGGGAAUAAUCCUAUGUCGGACAGCACAUGGAUAACGAGGAAUUUUGAUGACACAAGUGAAGGUACUGGCUCUCUUGCGGUGCAAAGAGGUAUGUCAACUGUUCGAGCUGCUACGGCCAUCUUCAACUAUCUCAACAGUCAAGUUGUGAAUGAAAAUAUGGCCACCGUGUUAAACAACAUUCACGAGAUAUUCUCUAAUUUUGACGACGCCAUUAACGAAGAUCGCGCCGACGACGACGAGAUAAAUACCGCUAGACUGUUUAGGGAAUUCAUUUUCUAUGCUCUUUUCAAAAGACUAGAAGGAGUACAACAAUGGGCUGAAAGACGCCUACGAGCAAUGAUCGCAGAGUGGGAGACGGAACUAUCUCGACCUACCUCUUCGGCCCGAGCCAUAGAAAUCAGUAACAUCCUCGUACAACUAAGGAGAUUAUUGAGUACUGUGGAAGAUGUUAUUCUAAUCGACACUUCACGCUUCAACUUUGAAAUACCAGAUCUCCCGUCUAAGUAA